CGGAGGUGCCAAGAGGAUCUCCCAAAUGAAAGGCUAACUAAAACCGGUGAACUUAGAUGCCAAGAAAAACAGAAGCCAAAAACCAACCAACACGGCAACACGCCACUUCCCAAACUCAAACUAUUAUCGUCAACACACAAAAACAGCAGCAACAACACACAAUUUCAAAGUCCUGCGUGGGUCUGACAUUUUCUCAAACACAUACAGCGCAUUAUUCCUCGAAGAGAGAAAUCUAGAAGAAAAGGGAAUAAAAAUGUCGCUGAGGCCAAGCACCAGAACCGAGGUGAGAAAGAAAGCGUACAAGACAGGUGUAGAUGCGGACGAAGCGAGAAGGAGAAGAGAGGACAAUCUCGUUGAGAUCAGAAAGAAUAAGAGAGAAGAUAAUCUUUUGAAGAAGCGAAGAGAGGGACUUUUGCUUCAGUCCCAGAAUUUGGUCGAUGCUUCUCAAAAUGCAGCUGCCGUUGAAAAGCGGCAGUUGGAGAGCAUUCCUGUUAUGGUUCAAGGGGUGUGGUCUAAUGAUCCUGGUUUGCAAUUGGAUGCAACUACUCAGUUUAGAAAGUUAUUAUCAAUUGAACGCAGUCCUCCAAUUGAUGAAGUAAUUAAAGCAGGCGUCGUCCCGCGGUUUGUGGAGUUCCUUGGAAGACAUGAUCUGCCCCAAUUACAAUUUGAGGCUGCAUGGGCUUUGACCAAUGUUGCAUCUGGGACAUCAGAGCAUACACGAGUUGUCAUUGAGCACGGUGCAGUUCCCAUGUUUGUACAGCUUCUUGGUUCUGCAAGUGAUGAUGUCAGAGAGCAGGCGGUGUGGGCUUUGGGCAAUGUUGCAGGUGAUUCUCCAAGUUGCAGGGAUCUUGUUCUUGGUUAUGGUGCUUUGAUCCCAUUACUGGCUCAGUUAAAUGAAAAGUCAAAGCUAUCAAUGCUGCGGAAUGCUACCUGGACUUUAUCCAACUUCUGCCGUGGCAAGCCACCAACACCAUUUGAUCAGGUGAAACCUGCAUUGCCUAUUCUCAGGCAACUAAUCCACUUGAAUGAUGAAGAAGUUCUAACAGAUGCUUGUUGGGCCCUCUCUUAUCUUUCAGAUGGUCCAAAUGACAAAAUACAGGCUGUGAUUGAGGCUGAUGUAUGUCCACGAUUAGUGGAACUUCUACUUCAUCCAUCACCUACAGUUUUGAUACCCGCCCUCCGAACAGUUGGAAACAUUGUUACGGGUGAUGAUGUUCAAACUCAGUUUGUAAUUGACAAUCAAGCCCUUCCAUGUCUGUACCAACUCCUAAUGCAAAAUCACAAAAAAAGUAUCAAGAAAGAAGCUUGCUGGACAAUCUCAAAUAUUACAGCUGGAAAUAGAACUCAGAUACAGGCUGUUAUUGAGGCGAACAUUAUACUCUCUCUUGUACACCUUCUUCAGCAUGCUGAGUUUGACAUUAAGAAGGAGGCUGCGUGGGCUAUCUCUAAUGCGACCUCUGGAGGAUCUCACGAACAAAUUCAAUUUCUAGUGAACCAAGGUUGCAUUAAACCACUCUGCGACCUUCUAAUAUGUCCAGACCCCAGGAUUGUGACAGUUUGCCUGGAAGGGCUGGAAAACAUUCUAAAGGUGGGUGAGGCUGAUAAGGAAAUGGGACUCAAUGGAGGAAUUAAUCUGUAUGCACAAAUGAUUGACGAAUGCGAUGGAUUGGAUAAAAUUGAGAAUCUGCAGACCCAUGACAACCAUGAAAUUUACGAGAAGGCUGUGAAGAUUUUGGAGAGGUACUGGGCUGAGGAAGAAGAGGAACAGACUGUCCAAGAUGGUGGGGAUGGAAAUCAGCAGGGAUUUCCUUUUGGAUCAAACCAGCCUAAUGCUCCUCCAGGUGGCUUCAAAUUUGGUUGAUGUCGAGGGCUGUAAGGUUUUUUUUUUUUUUUUUGGUUUAUCAAGCCUUUUAGGUGAGGUGUUGUGUUUGGCUGGAAUUUUUAAAAACAUAUUUUAUUUGCUGCCAAGGGUCAGGGUUUUUAAUCUGGCACACAGGCCUUUAUUCUUUUGUGGAGUUUGUUAAAAAAACAAGUGUCAAAAGGCUUCAGCUUGCAGUUUUCAACUCGAUUUGUAUUCCGAAAUUUAAUAGGAAAAUUGGUCCUUGUUAUUGUCUUCAAGAGAAGUUAGUGAUGUGAAAAUUAGCAUUUGCUCAAAUUAGUACUGUGUAUUCUCUCAGAUAAUGAGCCUUCUAUACAGAUAUAUUUGUGUUCUGAUGUA